ACAAUGGCGAGCUUGGCUGAUGUCGGUUGGAAACUGCUUGAAUUCAAAGCCCGAUCGAAACGAUCAGAUUUGUGAUUUAGCUGAGAGAGAGAGAGACAAAGACGAUUGGCCUUAAUUUCACCUUUUGAAAAUGGCUGGGAUAAAAGGGCCUCGCCAGAAAGUCCAAAGACUGGGAUCCAUCUAUGAGCCCCUCAAGCUGUCCAUCCUCCACGGUGAGGAUGAGCCCGUGUGGGAGAAGCUGGACCGCUACUACAAUGCUGUCAAGACCACCAUCCUCAACUACCAGAGUCCCACCACCGGCCUCUUCCCCAUUAAGACCUGUUCCACUUGUAAAGAGGCCAAGGUGCGGGACUCCCUGUACUGUGCGGCAGGAUCCUGGGCGCUUGCCAUGGCCUACCGUCGCAUCGACGAUGACAUGGGACGCACCCAUGAACUGGAGCACUCAGCCAUCAAGUGCAUGAGAGGAAUCCUCUACUGCUACAUGAGACAGGCACAUAAGGUGGAACAGUUCAAGCAGGACCCCAACCCCUCAAAGUGUCUGCACUCCAUGUUCAAUGUGGACACAGGUGACGAGAUCCACACCUAUGACCAAUACCACCACCUGCAGAUCGACGCCGUCUCCCUGUUCCUGCUCUACCUGGUGGAGAUGAUCUGCUCUGGCCUGCAGAUAAUCUACAACACUGACGAGGUGUCCUUCAUCCAGAAUCUGGUGUUCUGCGUGGAGAGAGCCUACAGGGUGCCCGACUAUGGCAUGUGGGAGCGAGGCAGCAAGUACAACAACGGCAGCACCGAGCUGCAUUCAAGCUCUGUGGGCCUGGCCAAGGCUGCUUUGGAGGCCAUCAAUGGCUUUAACCUGUUUGGAAACCAGGGUUGCUCCUGGUCGGUGAUCUUCGUGGAUCUUGACGCCCACAACCGAAACAGACAAACGUUGUGCUCCCUGCUGCCCCGAGAGUCACGCUCUCACAACACGGACGCAGCCUUACUGCCAACCAUCAGCUACCCUGGCUUCGCUGUGGAUGAUGACGCCCUCUACAGUCAGACGCUGGACAAAAUCGUCCGCAAGCUGCGUGGCAAGUACGGCUUCAAGCGCUUCCUCCGUGACGGAUACCGAACCUCCAAUGAGGACAAGGACCGCCGAUACUACAAACCUGCUGAAAUGAAGCUCUUUGAUGGGAUCGAGUGCGAGUUUCCUAUAUUCUUCAUCUUCAUGAUGAUUGACGGGGUGUUCCGAGGGAAUCAGCCUCAGGUGAAAGAGUACCAGGACCUUCUUGAGCCCAUCAUCUUUCAGUCUUAUGAGGGCCAUGCCGUGGUGCCCAAGUACUACUAUGUGCCCGCUGAUUUUGUGGAGGCCGAGCAAAGCAAGCAUGGCAGUCAGAAGCGCUUCCCCAGCAAUUCUGGACGUGACGGCAAGCUCUUCCUGUGGGGCCAAGCCCUCUACAACAUUGCCAAGCUGCUAGUUGACGAACUGAUAAGCCCCAAGGACAUUGACCCCAUCCAUCGCUACGUUCCUCGACAGGACCAACGCAACGUCAGCAUGAGAUACUCCAACCAGGGCCCCAUAGAGAAUGAUGUUGUUGUCCACGUGUCACUGAUAGCUGAGAGCCAGAGACUGCAAGUGUUCCUGAACACAUACGGCAUCCAGACACAGACACCGCAGCAGGUGGAGCCUAUCCAAAUCUGGCCACAGAAGGAAUUGGUCAAGGCGUACCGCUUCCUGGCCGUCAACAGCAAGCUGGGCCUGAGUGGGCGUCCGGAUCGACCCGUGGGCUGCAUUGGGACCUCUAAGAUUUACCGCAUCCUGGGCAAGACGGUGGUGUGCUACCCGAUUGUCUUUGAUCUGAGCGAUUUUUACCUGUCUCAGGAUGUCAUGCUGCUCAUUGACGACAUUAAGAACGCCCUACAGUUCAUCAAGCAGUGUUGGAAGAUGCAGGGACGACCUCUCUUCUUGGUGCUCAUCCACGAGGACAACAUCAAGGGAAGCCGCUUUAAUCCGGUGUUGGACAUGCUGGCCUCCUUUAAGAAGGGCCACAUUGGAGGAGUCAAAGUUCACGUGGACAGACUUCAGACGCUGAUUUCGGGAGCCGUGGUGGAGCAAUUGGACUUCCUGCGUGUCAACGAGGCCGAUAUCCCGGAGUUCAGGAGCUUCGAGGAGCUGGAGCUUCCCAAACACUCCAAAGUCAAGCGACAGACGAGCACACCCAACGCCUCCGACUUGGAGCAGCAGCCUGAGAUCAGCGUGGACGAGUGGCUGCACAAACCCACGAACGAGAUCCUCCAGAAGUUCCACGAUUGUGACUGCUUGGCCAGCCAGUCUCAGCUCGCCAGAAUCCUGCUCAGGAGGGAAGGCUCGGACUUUCUCACCACGGAAGAGAACCUGAUGGAAGAGUUGGAGAGGAUCUACCGACAAGCUGGCAGCCGGAAGCUUUGGUCCGUUGUCCGUCAUGCCGCCAGUCUGUUAACUAAGCUGGUGGACAGCCUUGCCCCCAGUAUUACUAGUGUUUUAGUGCAUGGCAAGCAGGUGACGCUGGGUGUGUUUGGCCACGAAGAGGAGGUGAUUUCCAACCCGCUGUCUCCCAGCGUGAUCCAAGGCAUCAUUUACAGCAAGUGCUGCCCAAUAGGGGGCGAGCGUGAGGCCGUCCUGCAGCAGGAGCUGGUCAUCCACAUCGGGUGGAUCAUCUCCAACAGCCCAGAGCUGUUCAGUGGCAUGCUCAAGAUCCGAGUUGGGUGGAUUGUCCAGGCCAUGAAACAGGAGCUGAGAAUCCGGGCGGGAGACAUGCCCUGCCAGGACAUCUACCAGCUGUCCCCCAGCGACAUCAAACAGCUCUUACUGGAUGUGCUGCAGCCUCAGCACACGGGCAGGUCAUGGCUACACCGCCGCCAAAUCGACGGCUCACUUAACAGAACGCCUUUGGGCUUUUACGACCGGGUCUGGCAGAUCCUGGAGAGGACCCCUAAUGGGAUUCUGGUCAGCGGUACACACCUACCGCAGCAACCUACGCUGUCUGACAUGACCAUGUACGAGAUGAACUUCUCCCUGCUGGUGGAGGACACACUAAAGAGCAUCGUCCUGCCGGAGUACAGACAAACCAUCGUGGAGCUGCUGAUGGUGGUGUCCAUUGUGCUAGAGAGAAACCCGGAGGUGGACUUUGCCGACAAAGUGGACCUGGACAGUCUGGUGAAGGAAGCCUUUGCCGACUUCCAACGGGAUCGUAGUCGCUCGGAAGGCAUCGAGAAACAGGAUGACAUGCAGGCCUUCUACAACACGCCACCUGUGGGCCGGAGGGGCACUUCCAGCUACCUGACUAAGGCUGUUAUGACCCUGUUGUUGCAAGGGGAUGUGAAGCCCUGCAAGGAUGAGCCGUGUUCUGUUAGCUAGAAGCCCCGACGCCGUUUCUGUCACCUCACUCGUUACAUUGCUUAAUUCGCAUGCGUGCUAAUCGCUGGGUGGUUUUUAAUAGUGGUGAUACACCACAUGGUUGAUGGAAACCUGAAAAGUAGGGGCUUCUAACUGACCAGUAAGUCAUUUUGUUAGUUAUCUCUCUUGCCUAAUUUAGCAUAAAAGAAAGGAAGACUGAGAAUCUUUAGAUUACAGGCAGCUAGUGCAUUUUUUAGUCCUUAUACUCAACACACGGCAGCCAUCUCAGAAACGUUUUGGGACGGUCAGCAAGACAAGCUGGAAAGAAAUUGCUCUUUGAUUGGCAUUUCGUGUUCAAGCUCCUUCUAAUCUGAGUGCGAAACAACAAAAUGGGCCAGAUAAGUCACGGUACGUAGCACAUUUUCAGCAGAUGUUCGGUAAACUAGCUUGUGUUGUGCUAAUGUAACGCAAGUUAAGCUAUGCCUAGACGCUUGUGAUGGUAGCUGCAUUUUCAAAUAACAUAUAUUUCCAAACACCACAUCUAGUUUGCUCCCAAGUAGGAGUAAUCGGACAAAAUCUUCAGGACAAGUUUGAAGGACACGUGGAAAUGGCUAAAAUGACCCUAAAACUGCCUCUUUAAACUGAAAUAACUGACCUUGUGUUUGUUUUACAACAUGGGUCUUGGAGACUUUUUUGUGGGUCUACUCAUGAUAGAUUUGUCUGCCAAAAUUCAUGUGGCUAAACUGGGGGCUUAGUUAAAAAAAUAUUUUUUAAUAGAAUGGCGAAAAUGACCUCGACAUGUCCUCUUUAAACUAAAAUGGCAGACCUCCUGUUAGUUUUACAUUAUGGGUCCUUGAGACUUGUGGGUCUACUCUUGAUAGGCAUCCCUGCCAAAUUUCCUCUUGCGAAGUGUAACUGGAUUCAGGGGCUGAAUUAUUACAUUUCAAUAUAAUAAUACCAGGGACUGCAAAGUUAUUAGAAUUUUGGUUUUUAUGGCAAGUCACCAAAGCUUCAUCGCCCUGCUGCACCCACACUCAAUAACUAAAACUAAAAUCCUUCACAAAUUAGCAUCAUCCAUUUGUGUAGUAUAUGUACUUCCACUUUGGUAUCGAUCAGACAAAAUCUCUUGGUUAAGUUAAUUUUUUAUGAUGCCUGGAAAUAGCCAAAACAACCCUAAAAUGGCAGACCUCCUGUUAGUUUAACAGCAUGGGUCCUUGAGACUUUUUUGUGGGGCUGAAUUAUUGGAUAAUUUCAGGGGCAGUUAUUUGAGUUUUGUGUUUUUUGGUGAGUCACCAAACGCCAUUCUGCUGCGCCCACAUACAAUGAUGAGAACUAAAAAAUCUUUACAAUUUAGCGUCAUCCAGCUGUCGAGUAUUUGAAACUUUUUUUGUAGGCCUACUCAUGCUCCAAAUUUCAACUUGCUAAGUAAAACUGGCUUUGGGGGCUGAAUUUUCCAAAAGGUCUCAGGGAAUGUUUACAUACGGGAUGGGUUCUUGAGACAUUUUUGGCAGUAGCUAAAUUGUCAAUCGACAUAAUUCCAGACAACUACAACCUCUGUGAUUUUACAGAGCAAUGGUAGCUGUUAGCCAGUGUCAUGUUAAUCUAAAGCAAGCUAAACCAAGCCCUUUUUAAAUCCUUAAUUCAUCAUAACAAGGUCCUGCUCAUGGUGCCUAUGAUUUUCAGAAGCAUGUUUUGCUGCUAAUCCAAUGCCAAGUGAUGUUCAGAAAUCACUUACUUUGAAUGUGAAUUGCAUCAUUGUGUUUGGAUACAUGCUAAAUGCUUAACGUCAUGUUUGCAUGUACAAUAUUAUUAUUAUUAUGUUAUUUUUUUUUUGCUUAA